UGUGUGUGAGAAGGUGCAUCUUGAAGCACGGUUUAGUUACAAUCGAUCUUGGGGGGAAAAUAUUGCCUAUGGUCCAAAAAUAAGGAGCAACUAUGUCUUUCUCUCAGUUCGGAUACCCCUACAGCACCACUUCACAGUUCUUCGUGCCCGCCAGCCCCAGCACGACCUGCUGCGAGGCCGCUCCCCGCUCCGGGCCGGAUGCCUCCUCGGCGCCGGCCGCCGCCUCCCUGUGCUGCGCCCCGUACGAGAGCCGGCUGCUGGCGCCCGGCCGCGCCGAGCUCAAUGCCGCGCUGGGCAUGUACAGCGCCCCGUACGCCGCCGGCCAGGGCUACGGCAACUACCUGCCCUACGGCGCCGAGCCCGCCGCGCUCUACACCGCGCUGAACCCCCAGUAUGAAAUCAAAGACGGCGCCGGCACGUUGCACUCGGGAAUCGCGCAGCCCGCUACCUACUACUCCUACGAUCAUUCCUUGGGGCAGUACCAGUACGACAGGUACGGGACGGUAGAUUUCGGUGGUUCAGCCAGACGCAAAAAUGCAACGCGAGAAACGACGAGUACUCUCAAGACCUGGCUGUACGAGCACCGCAAAAACCCCUACCCCACCAAAGGAGAGAAAAUCAUGCUGGCUAUCAUCACUAAAAUGACCCUGACGCAAGUGUCCACUUGGUUUGCUAACGCCAGACGAAGGCUUAAGAAAGAAAACAAAAUGACCUGGUCUCCCAAGAACAAAGCCGGGGAAGAGAGGAAAGAAGAAACCCCGAGGGAAGAGGAUGAAUACAGUGCGGAGGGUGAAGGCAGAGAGCAGAAGAGCUACAAGGAGGACAAGGACCUGCGGUUCAGCGACCUGGAGGAGGAGGAAGAGGAGGAGGAGGAGGAGGAGGCGGGGAAGCCGGAGAAGGGCCGGACCAGCUCCCUGCAGGAAGCCCCCAGCCUGGGCGCGGCGCUGCCCGAGGCUCCGCGGAGCGACUGCAGCCUGCCCGGCCCCUUCCACGCCUUUCCUUGUGCCAAGGCCCCCGCCGCGGACUUCGCCCCCGCCUCCUUGGUCGGCCCGCCGCCGCCCUACGCGCCCGCGGAGAAGCCGCGCAUCUGGUCGCUGGCGCGCACCGCCGGGGCCAGCGCCGUGCGCAGGGGCAGCCCCGAGGGCCGCGGCGCGGAGGGAGGCGGCGGCGCGGCGGGGGAGCAACCCCUGCCCGCCAAGGCCUUCCGGAGCUCCGCUUUCAACCUGCAGCCGCUCCCGCGAAGCUGCGCGUCCCACCGCGGCCUGGGGGAGCCGUGCCAGUUCGCGGCGGCGGGCGAAGGGUUCGGGCGGGGCGCCAAGGGCGGCCCGGGAGGCACCGAGCUGGGUGGGACAUGCCUGGACAGGCUGCGGACGGCGUUCCGGCCCGUGCUGCGGAGGUGAGGGCCGCCCGCCUCAUCCUGGGCGCUGGCGACGGGGCUCCGGCUGUAACGAAGCACUCGGCUAGACUCAAGGAAAGAAA